AAGAAAUAGACGAAGCACAAGUAAUAAUAAUAAUAAAUGGAGAAAAACAAGGAGAGUAACAAACCAAAUAUCUCAUCAGGCUUGUGUAUAAGCUUGGCUUUUCACCUCCCGCCUCACAUUCCACAAUUCAAUUCGCUCUGUUCUUCCACAUCUGAUCCAGAGGAAAAUGAAUCAAAUAUGAUGCAGUCAAUAAUUAAAUGGAAUUUGUGCCCAUUCGAAUGUUGUGUGUGUGUCACUGCAUCAAGUGCAUGCAUGAUGACCUUUUCACCAAGGUUCCAACACUCCAGAGGCUGGCCUUCAUACACUGCUGAAACCACCUCCCACAUAAACUGAAGGAAAAAAAUAUCCAGAAUUUUUGUACCACGUACAACUCAUCAAUGAUGUCGUUUUCCGAUUCCGAGACGUCCUCUCAUGGCAGCACAGAGUAUAAAAACUUCCGGCAGGUCACCCGCGAAAGACUGUUGUAUGAAAUGCUCCGCUCAUCCAAAACAGACGACCCAAGAUCUGCAUGGAGGGUACUCAUCAUGGACAAAGUUACAUUGAAAGUGAUGUCUUGCUCAUGCAAGAUGGCAGAUAUCACAGACGAAGGAAUUUCCUUGGUGGAAGAUCUUUUCAGAAGAAGAGAACCUUUACCCAGUAUGGAUGUCAUUUAUUUCAUCCAACCAACCAAGGAGAAUGUGAUCAUGUUUCUAUCUGAUAUGUCUGGGAGAGAACCUUUAUACAGAAAAGCUUAUGUGUACUUCAGUUCACCCAUACCAAAGGACCUGAUUGCUCGUAUCAAGAAUGAUACAAGUGUAUUACCACGUAUAGGUGCACUGAGAGAGAUGAAUUUGGAGUACUUCCCAAUGGACAGUCAGGGAUUUCUCACUGAUCAGGACAGAGCAUUAGAGGAACUCUUUGGUGAAAAUGCGGAGAAUUCACGUAGCUUUGAUGUGUGCUUGAACACAAUGGCAUCUAGAAUUGCCACAGUGUUUGCUUCACUAAAGGAAUUUCCUAUUGUGCGGUAUCAAGCUCCCAAAGGAGUUGAUGCAUCUAAAAGACGAAACCACGAAUUAAUUCCCACGAAGCUUGCUGCUGCAAUUUGGGACUGCAUUUCUACAUACAAAACCACUAUCCCUAACUAUCCCCAAAAAGAGUCGUGUGAUUUACUGAUUGUGGAUAGAUCAAUUGAUCAGAUUGCUCCUGUCAUCCAUGAGUGGACUUAUGAUGCUAUGUGCCAUGACCUUCUUGAAAUGAAUGGUAACAAAUAUGUACAUGAGAUUCCUAGCAAGUCCGGUGGUGACCCCGAGAGGAAGGAAGUUCUUUUGGAAGAUCAUGAUCCUGUCUGGCUUGAACUUAGGCAUGCUCAUAUAGCAGAAGCCAGUGAAAAGUUACACGAAAAAAUGACCAAUUUCGUUUCAAAGAACAAAGCAGCACAACUGCAACAAAGAGAUGGUAGUGAACUAUCAACCCGGGACAUACAGAAAAUGGUUCAAGCUUUGCCACAAUACAAUGAGCAAAUGGAGAAACUUUCUCUCCAUGUGGCGAUUGCUGGUAAGAUAAACACAAUUACAAGAGAGCAAGCACUUCGUGAUCUUGGACAGCUGGAACAAGAUCUUGUCUUUGGUGAUGCUGGAUCAAAGGAAAUGAUCAGUUUUCUUAGGAUGAAGCAGGAUGCCACAGCUGAAAACAAGCUGCGGUUGAUGAUGAUUUAUGCAUCAGUUUAUCCAGAGAAAUUUGAGGGUGAUAAAGCAGCAAAGCUCAUGCAGUUGGCAAAACUAUCAGCUGAAGAUAUGAAGGCAGUGAAAAACAUGAAAAUGCUGGAGGCGUCAGAUACCAGAAAGACCUCAAAUGGAGGUUUCUCGCUAAAGUUUGAUUCGCAAAAGAGGAAGAAUGCAGCUCGCAAAGACCGAACUGGAGAGGAAGAAACAUGGCAGCUUUUUCGGUUUUAUCCUGUAGUAGAGGAGCUGAUUGAACAGUUGUAUAAGGGUGAACUACCAAAGGAUGACUAUCAAUGCAUUAAUAGUGCAGGUCCAUCUGGUCAAGGGGUUGUUGAUGUGGAUACAAAGGCUGCAUCAUCAAGGUCAAGAGCAAAGUCAACCGAACCAACUACAGGUCCACGGUCAAUGAGAUCGAGGAGGACUCCGAACUGGGCCCGUUCUCGUGCUUCUGAUGAUGGAUAUUCCAGUGACUCAUCUGUGAGAAAUGGAUCUGUGGAUUCUAAGAAGAUGGGACGGCGCAUUUUCAUAUUCAUAGUUGGUGGGGCAACACGAUCUGAGCUUAGAGCUUGUCACAAACUUACAGCAAAGUUCAAGCGGGAGAUCGUCCUUGGUUCAACUAGUUUAGAUGAUCCACCUCUAUACAUCACGAAACUGAAGUUACUCUCGGAACCGGAGCUCUCCAUUGAUAACAUCAGAAUCUAGAAAGGUUUGAGCCUGUGAAGUAAAUUUUUGUCUGGACAAGCAGGCCAGUUUGAUUGAAGUUUCCCUUGUAGUAAUGAAAUUUUGUUAGGGCUUGUUUGGGAAUAACGUUAGAGAUUAGCGUUGGCAUUUUGAAAAGGCUAUCUACGGGCAAUGUUUAGCGUUAGCAUUUUCAAGUAAUCUGCACCGUUAAAAUUUAUCCAAAACGCUAAUCUUUAAUGUUAUUCCCAAACAGGCCCUUAGUCUAUAGCUGAAAACAAACAUUGUACAUUUGUACUGAGAGUGCUUUACCCAUUUUCU